UAAUAUCUGUAUGAUUUAUAAUUCGACGUUCCAACUAACGAUUAUUGUUCUUUCCUUGAAAAUGAUAAUCGUUGUAUUUAUAACUAUACUUUUUUUGUCAUUUAAGCUACUUAUUAGUCAAAUUGCAUUUCUUUGUAGUAGUUACGAAAUAGUACUGGUUACUAAAUCGAGAUUAAAAAUAUUUAUUGUUUCCAAACAAGCCUAACAAUGUGUAGCCCUAACAUCAACAAGUUACUAUAGUAACUAUAGUUACUCGACCGAAUAAACAUUCAAUUAUUAAAAUAGAAUAAUUAGUAUUCCUGAUCGUUAACAUGUUAACUAUAGUUAAUAUUCGUUAAUAUUCGUUAAUAUUCAACUAUUAUCCUUAUAAGGACGCCAGUUGAAUAUAAAAUUUCUCUUUGUACGAAUAAACAAUGCUGAUAUUUUAAUGAUAUCAUAAUCGAAACUGUGAAAGCAUUAUUUGUACGAUAAAUAUGUUACUUGAAUUCCAAUCUUUUAUCGGUGUACAUUCCACGGAUGUAUUAUAAAUAAAUUGCAAUUGUGAUUUUUAAAUUCUAACGAACUGACUUUCGUACUGACAAUUGCGCGUGCGUCGAAAGUAACUUUUUUUCUAAUUGUAAGCUUCGCGGUAAAACUGAAAAGUUUGGUUACGUGCACGUUAUCUGUUUGAAGUAAAUUGUCGGUAAACUGUCAAUAAAUUGUUGUAGCGAAUAAAAGUCUGUUUCUUUUCUCGUGGACACAUUGCGAUUAUUAUUUUGUGCAUGGAGGGUUUGAAAUGUCUCAGCACGGUGCUGCUUUACAGGCGUAUAAUCAAGAACUCGUCAAGUGCUUAGAAGAAAUGAAAUCGAACCGUACGGAAUUGCAAGCACAAAUUGAAUCGCAAGAGGAAGAGAAAAAUAAUUUACAAAGAGAAAUAGAAUCAUUGUCUUAUAAAUUAACGCGUUUAAACGAUAGUUUAACUAGAAAGAUAGCUGUUAGAAAUGAAUACGAUAGAACUAUUUCAGAUACAGAAACAGCAUAUAUAAAGAUCUUGGAGAGUUCGCAGCUUUUACUGAAUAUGAUUAAAAGGGAAGCUUCCAAUCUUGAUCAAUCGUUAGUGAAAGCAAAUAUGGAGAAACAACAAUAUCGACUAUAAUAUGAAUUUAAGAAAUAUAAUUAUUAAAGCCUUACAUAUGAUUAUAGGGAUAAGACCAGUAACGCCAGUUUCAUGAGUACAAAAUUGUAAAUAUUUUACUGUUACAAUAGAAUGGUUUUAAUUAAAGCAAUGGUAACUUUUUACUUUUCGACAAAGUUUAUAAAUAAAUAAUAUCUAUAACAUACAUUGAAUAUUAAACUGAAUAUUUAACAUGUAUAUUAGUAUUGACUAUAAUAACUUCUCAUAAUAUUAGAUUUCUGCUUUGUCAUUUCCAUAAAACUAUUCAAAAAACUGGAAUCUACUAUGUCUUGUUAUGUACAUAAAGACUGAUUAAUAUAUUUAUGUCUAUUUUAGAUAGCAAUUUAUUUUCGAAUGUAUUUUACAAUAAAUUAAUUUUAUACAAA